AUGGUUGGUAGAACCCCACCAAAGCAAAGUAUAAUGUUAUCUCUCAAUCCUGUUCUAAUCAGAGAAACACUCAACAAGGUGGAUCAGUGCAUGGUUCGACUGCAGGAACUUCAGUACACUGUGGCAGGUGGAACGAAGGUGGAUUCAGGGGUAAGUCUCAGCCCUCGAAGCACCAAAGGUUAUCUCAGAACCAGUGUAAGGUGUAAGCAAGAAUCAGUAAGGGUGAAGCAUGAUGCAGAAAGAAGAUCCCCAGCAGGGAAAAUUCCAAAGCCAACAAAUUCAGAAGAAGGUGAAGAAUGGAGGCAAAUGUCAUUGUCUGCAAUGCUUGUUGGUGAAACUGUGGGACAAAUUUUACACGCAAGUCAAUUUGCCAGAAAAAUAGUUUCAACUGUCAGUAGGAAAAAUGCCACCAAGGAUCCAAAAACUCCACUGUCCCAACUCUCAAAACAAAAACUUGACCCUGAAAACACGAAGUUCAAUGAUAGAAGGAGGAAAGAGAAACAAAUAAAUUCAGUUUCUGAUACCCCACCACCUCAAAGGGCUCGAUCUAGGAUAAACUUUAAGGUUUCUCCUCCAAAAGGGAGAGAGUUUGACAAAGAGAAUAGUAAGUGUUUCUCAAAUAAGGUAUCUUCCAAGAAUAGACCAUGUGGUAGCAAUAAUAGCAAGACAGUGCUAGUCACCAACCCUUUAUUCUUGUCUACACACUUUUCAAGGCAACAACAUUUUUGCAAGACAAAAUCUCCGGUCAUAUCAAGAAGCAUAGGAACACAACACAAGUGUUCGAUCAAGUCCCCACCUAAAGAAGCUUCCCAAUUUCAAGUCAAAAUAAAAAACCCAUCAACUGUGUCUAUUUCCUCUUCAUCUACAAGAACUACAACUACAAGUUUGAGUUUGAGCAAGAAGAGUUCUCCAAAGAGAUGGGCUCCACCUUUCUCUCCUUCUAGAGUGGCAGCAAGACUAUUAGCUUCCUCAAAAUUAAAGAGCAAGAAAACUGAGCAGAAAAAUGAUAGAUUAUUAGCUUCCUCAAAAUUGAAGAGCACGAAAACUGAGCAGAAAAAUGAUGGGGUAGGAAAUUUGAGGAAGAGUUCUUCAAAGAGAUCACUUACAUCAAAAUUAACUCGAACUUUCUCUCCUUCAAGACUGGUAAAAAAAUUUGUUUCACCAUUGAAGAGCGAGAAAAAUGUACAGCAAAGGAACGGGUUAGUAAAUGGAGUGAAACAACGCCCGUCAUCAACUGCGCAAAUCCCUGCUACAAAAAUUUGA